AUGUUCAACCAACGAGAUGCAGAGUUGAUCAUUGGCAUUCCCUUAAGCUCUUCAUCUGUCGAAGACUACUGGUCUUGGAUUGGCGAAAGAUCUGGUGAGUUCUCUGUCAAAAGUGCUUAUAAUAUGCUGCAGAAUCAAAAACAUGGUCGCCACGAUGCAAAUAAUUCAGGGUUCUGGCAUAAGCUAUGUCAUCUUAAAAUACCACCCAAGUGCAGGAACUGUCUCCCACAUAUUUUUGAGUUGCACGGCUGCUGGGACAAAGCCAAGUUGUUUGCUUUGUUUGACUCCACAACAUCUAUUGGCCACUGGCUUGACCAUUUGUUCAAGAAUUAUGAUGAAGACGUCUAUUGUCGUGCUAUAAUGGUUUGUUGGGCUAUAUGGAAGGCACGUAACACACUGGUUUGGGACAACAAAAUAUCUUCUCCAACACAAGUUCUCACAUCAGCAUGGACCACACUUGACCAUUGGCGCAAAGCUCAAGAUAAAAACUGUUUAUUAUCCUUGUCUCUACAACAUUAG